GGUUCGCAACUUCGCAUCAUUUUUACAUUUUCCCGUGUAGAGAAAAUUUUUAGCAAUUCAUAUUUGGCCUUUGUUGCGGACCGGUACUUGAUUCUCUUAACCUCUUAACUUUUGGAUUUACCUCGUGAAAAAGUGUUGAAAAAUUAUUAAAAUGAGCCGCGUGUUGAUCGGAAAUUUGCCACCAGGUACUACAAUCAGAAAUAUUGACGAUUUUUGCAGCCCAUUUGGUCGUCUUCUAUACGUAGAUGUAAAAACUCAGGGUAACGCGACCCUGGCUUGUGUUGAAUAUGAGAACACCAGAAACGCAAAUAAUCUUGUUCGCGCUAGACAUGGGUAUAACUUUAAUGGUUAUACUGUACAACUAAAAAUUAUGACCGAAGGCUCGGGUUCGGGUGGUCUCUUUGAGGUUAGAGACGAAUCAAGGCGACGAAAUGCGCCUUCUGCUGCCCCACCAGCAUACAGUCGAUCCCAAAGCAAUUUUGAGAGUAAUAACCGCGGCAAUUACUAUAACAACAACAGCAAUAGUAAUGGCGGCACUAAUAAUCUUGACUUUACUGAAGCAUGCCGCAUUGUGUACGAUCGUUUUAUAAGCGAAGGAUUUAAUGCGAAAGUGGCAAGAGAAAAAGCAUUAGAGUUUGUAAACAACAUGCAAGGAAGAAAUAAUCAAGGCUUUGACGGCAACUCUGAUUAUUUCGACCAAUCUCAACGCAGCAACUCUAAUUACUUUGGAGGUCAAUCUCAAAGCAUGAACUCUAAUAGCUAUGAUAACUAUAAUGGUGGUAAUCAAAAUUGGGGAAGAUAUGGUGGUGGUGGCGGUAGUGGUAGUGGUGGUAAUUGGGACACCCAACAAAAUUGGGGUGGUGGAAACCAAGGCUCGUUUCCCAACUCAAAUUGGGGCAAUUUCAAUGGCCCAAACAAUCAGCAAAUGCCCCCGUCCUGGGGCGGUGCCGGCGUUGGUGGUGGCUCACGAUGGGACGGAUGGAACAACCGAGGAAGUAAUUUUUAUCCCAACUCGGGAAGAAUGGGAGGAGGAGGAGGUGGAGCAAGAGCUAAUGUUGUCGAUCAAGACACCUAUUUGAAGUCUGUGGCAAUCCGCAAGAAGAUUGAAGCCAAAAUUACCAAAGGUGUGAGCACUCCCAGGGAUUUGCGUAAUCUUCAAUUCCAUACUCAAAUUAUGGACGACUAUGAACGUAAUCUCCGUUCCCAAAAGAAGGUGGUGACCAGCAACAAUGACUCGGAUGAAUUGCAAAAAUUGCAACGCUAUAAGUCUGCCCUGGGCAUUGUUCACAAGUUCAAGAAGGUCAAUAAAUCAACACUUUCGCCAGAGGAUCUAAAGUCGUAUAACAGAAAUAAAGUUAUUGUAGACGAAUAUGAGAGCUAUGUUGCUUCAAAGGCCAAGGGAGGACGUGGUGGAGGCAAAGCUUCUACGCCAGCGAUUGCUUUCGAGCGCAAGAAGCAACAACUCAUUAAGGAGGCCAAAAAGAUUUAUGGCACCGAUUUUAGGCUUUCUGGUGCCGCCAAAAAGAAAAUGCGUAGCUUGCUUGCAGUCGGUUUUGAUAUGGACGAUGCCAGACUCUUAGCUCUACACUCUAGUCUCGUUUGCAAGGAGCUCAUUGAAUUAAAGAAUGCUGCAGGCAUAAAGGGUGCCGUUUCAAGUUCUGGAGACAAAAGCAAAGCCUUGGUACCAGUUGGCGGUGCCAAGCCAGCUCAAAAGAAGGAUGAACCCCACGACCCUGCCCUGGGCCGUCUAAAGGAUAUGACUAAGAAAGAAAGGGCUGGUAUGCGCUCCGCCAACAGGCUCAUUGCAAAAUAUGAAGCCCAAAAUACCGAGAUCGAAUCCUUGACGGAAAGAGACAUCAUCCUCUUGCGCAUUGCCCUCAAACGUCUUAAAGUUUACAACGAGAAAUUUGAAACACCUUUGCCAAAGACCAAAUAUGAAGAAUUACUCUCCGCAAAGUAUGACAAAAAGGAACCCGCAGAAGGUGAAGUCAAAAAAGAAGAAGCCAUGGAGCAGGGCAAUGAAGGAGAAGCAGCUGCGGAAGAAAACGGCGACGCCGAGGCUGGCGAAGCAGCAGCAGACGAUCAAACGGCCGCCGAUGAAUAGACAAUUCAAUACACAAAACACACAACACAUAACACAUACCUUUACUAUUUAAUCUAAAACAUUAACAUUUUACAUAAUAAUGCUAAUAUGUAUGUUUACAUAAGUAAAAGAUAUGCAAACACAGUAUAUCAAUCAUAAUCCCUAUGAUUCCAAUAUAUUUUAAGUCCUACCUACAUACACCCAUAAAUCAAUUUAAAAUAAACAUUGACAUUAAAAUUUGACCCCAAUAACAAACAAUACUGGACUAAGAUUUAUGAAUUUUUAGAACUCAGACCAGUUAUAGUUCUUCGAUCAAAUAUAUCUACAAAAUUGACAAGCUGAAGAGCUCGCAUGAAAUUAAAUAAAUGUAUGUAGUUUAAACAAAAUUCAA